ACUAAAUCAACGCUCCAAAAUUUCGGGCAAACUUAACCACCAUUGUCCAAAAUUUGGACAAAGACUUCGGAGUCAAUGCCAUUUCGGACGGGUGCCAAGAUAGUCGUUGUUGAGUACUGGAGUCCAUCAUACGAAGACUGAUUUUACCCAAUACUUGAAGAAAGAGGAUUUCUACAGAGGGAUAUAAGCAAUCAUUCAACCAGUCUGGUUUAUCUUCAUUGGAUUCCAGAUCUAAGGCAGGUACAUGGUAGAAUUCUCGAAAACUUGAAACCCCUUCAUCAGGUAUCUGCUCGAAUCUUUCUCCAAGAUUUCUCCGAGUCAACUUUAAAAAGGUUUUCCCUUUUGAUGAUCAGCUCCAUCUUCCAAUUUGUUGGUGUAAAAGGGUCAUCUUGAAAGUAUACAAUUUUUUUGUGGGUUCUUGUCAAAUUAUGAUGUGGGUAUCGUAAUGGGAAAUUGGGCGUCGGAGAAGGUUUAUGUACAAAAUAUAGGUUUUUUUUUUUUUUUUUCCUGGGUUUGGAAGAUGGUGAAUUUCAAGUAAAUUGAAGGGUUUGGUUAUGAAAAAUGGGGGAAAUUGCAAGUGCAGCAGUUGUGCACACUGCAAUCAACUCUGUACAGGCAUUGGGGAGAGGCUUUGAUGUCAACUUUGAUACGAGGUUGCUGUAUUGUAAAGGAACGGCGGGUUCUAGAGUGAUUGAUGUUGAUGAGGAACAUACUAAGGAUCUUUUUUUGUAUGACAAUGUAAUUGUGCCCAAUGUUUCUUGGGAUAUCAAGAGCUCAUCAGAGUCUGUUGGCCGCCAGACUUCUAGUGCUUGCAGUUUCCAAGAGAUGGUCGACUACUUCAAUCAAAAGGCUAAUCUACCUGGAGGUUAUCCUCUUGGUAGUUUUAAUUCUGCAUUUAGCUUUACUGGUUUAAAGCACAUUGACUCUACGGUCACAAAGACCCUCUCUAUGGAUGGAUAUUUUAUUCCACUUGCCAAGGUUCAGCUUAUGAGGUACCCAUUAGUAUUACACGAAAAUGUGAAACGAGCUGUCCCAACCUCCUGGGAUCCACCGUCCUUGGCAAGCUUCAUUGAAAACUAUGGGACCCAUGUCAUCACUUCUGUAACUAUUGGCGGCAAGGAUGUAAUAUAUGUUAAACAACAUCACUCAUCUGCAUUGUCAAUGAUGGACAUUAAGAACUAUGUGCAGGAUAUUGGAAAGCAGAGGUUCUCUGAUAAAGAAAAUCACACAAGUUCAGGUCAAAUCAAAAUAAAGGAUAAGGGUCUUGAUCCGGGCAUGUUCAAUAGUCAAGGAAUAUAUCCUCAACCUACCAGUACACCACCAUCUGUUGCUGGUAAAGAGGAUGUUACAGUCAUUUUCAGGAGGAGAGGAGGAGAUGAUCUGGAACAAAAUCACACCCGUUGGGCAAAAACUGUCCGGUCCUCUCCAGAUGUCAUUGAGAUGACUUUCUGCCCUAUUACUACUCUUCUUGAUGGUGUGACUGGAAAGGAGCAUUUGGCUCGUGCUAUUGCUUUAUAUCUUGAAUAUAAGCCUCAGAUCGAAGAACUGAGAUUUUUUUUUGAGUUUCAGAUUCCUAGGAUAUGGGCUCCUCUGCAGGACGAGAUUCCUGGUCCCCAAAGGAAGGAACCCGUUUGCCCAUCUCUGCAAUUCAGCAUUAUGGGGCAGAAACUUUAUGUCAGUCAGGAGCAGAUUUCAGUUGGACGUAAGCCUGUAACAGGCUUGCGGUUAUGUCUGGAGGGAAGCAAGCAGAACCGUUUAAUUAUUCAUGUUCAACAGUUGGCUUCCCUUCCAAAGAUCCUACUUCCAUAUUGGGACAUGCAUGUGGCAAUUGGUGCUCCCAAGUGGCAGGGACCUGAAGAGCAAGACAGCAGAUGGUUUGAGCCAGUGAAGUGGAAAAAUUUUUCUCACGUGAGCACUGCACCAAUUGAGAACCGUGAAAUAUUUAUAGGCGAUGACUCUGGUGUCUACAUAGUCACUGGAGCUCAGCUUGGAGUCUGGGAUUUUGGAUCAAGAAAUGUCUUAUACAUGAAGCUCUUAUAUUCUAGGCUACCAGGCUGCACCAUACGAAGAUCCUUGUGGGACCAUUUGCCAAAUGACAAGUCAAAGAUAAAUGUUCCUACCACUGCCAUUACAAACUCUGGCAACUCAAGUUCUAGUCUUCAAGAAAUCGGCAAUAAGUUGGCAAAAUUUGUUGACAUGUCCGAGAUGACCAAAGGACCGCAAGACCCUCCUGGUCAUUGGUUGGUCACCGGUGGAAAGCUUGGUGUUGAGAAAGGAAAAAUCAUUUUGAGAGUGAAAUACUCAUUGCUGAAUUAUUAAAGUCUCUUGUGGUGUAAUUUUGCGCCAUCUGCUGUCUAGUUGUCGGGUAUUAUGUUUUUCUGUAAUCCAAGUUCGUGUCUAGUCAUCCUUGUAAAAAACCUUGAGUUCGAUGAACUGGGUUUUGAGUGGAUAAAGAUAUGUAUAAGUAGGUGGGUUAUUGGAGUUGGGGAUUCUUCUAGUUUUCUUUGGGAAGGCUGUGAAUUUUGUAGAUGUCUUUUUGUGGGAAUCUCAGUUUCUGAUCUAUGAGAAAGGACACACACAAUCUGGUAUUCGUCUGAAGCUUCUACUUUCAAAAUAAGCAUCUCAUUCAGGG